AUGGAAUCCUUGCCCAGCCCCUACGGACGGUCUGUUUCCCUAGCUGUGGGUUGGAUGGUGAAGAUCAAGGCCGAUCUUCUGCAUCCCAGCCGAAAUGGCGGCGACGCCGUGGUGAUGAGCAGCUUCCAGGAAGGGGGAUGGAGGGAGGCGAAGAGAGCUUCUUCCCACCCUUUUGUGCCAGGACAGCCGUUGGAGCUGCGGAUUUUGGUGCUGGACAGUGAAUACCAGGUGCUUGUGAAUAACAGGCCCACCUACAUCUUUGGCCACUACCUGCCACCACAGUCUGUGAAAAUGAUGCAGCUGAAGGGGGAUGUGCUGGCUGCAGUGGAAGUGUGCUGA